UGCUUCUGCAUUUACUGUAGGGAUUCCUCAAGUCCUUGUUAUGACUAAAGUGGAUGAAACAUGUCCUCUGGUCAAAAAAGAUCUGAGGAAGAUGUACACUAGCAGGAAGAUCAAGGAGAAGAUGGACUUGUGCAGUGCUACAACUGGUGUGCCCUUGACAAACAUCUUCCCAGUGAAGAACUACCAUGAUGAGAUCGACACAAAUGAUCUGAUUGAUGUUCUGAUGCUAAAGGCACUUGAACGUAUUAUUCAGAUUGCUCAUGAUAGAUUGAAGGAUACUGAAAGCCACUGACAAAAAUGAAACACACACAUAUUUCUAUUUUUCAAAUAAUUAAUGUAUUUCCUAGUCUAGCUUUCUAAGCAUUUCUAAAUCUGGCUUUGUUCACUCUGAAUAUUGUUUGUUCUGCGACAAUUGCUUUUGUUCCUCUAAUGUAAGAUUGUGUGAUAAAAUGUCCUGCUAAAUACAUAAAUGUAAAUAUAAAUUGUGAAUUUAGCUGUGAGUGUCUUAAGUUUUUGGGUUUGACCAAAAUGUGCAUCUUAUUUUGACAGAUAAACUGCUGUUACUGAUUUAUUAUGUCUUUGAAAGAAACCACCAAGUAUACAUGGCACAGACUAAAACAGUAAUACUCAUACAGUCAAGUAGCUAGAACAAUGGCAUAUUGUCACCGUAGAUUUAUGAGGUUCUAUCUGACAUUUUUGUCAUCCAAGAUGUUCAUGUUUUUCUGUCUUCAGUUGUAAAUAAAUUAUGGU